CAGGAGCAGUUCAGACUCUGUGCCUCAAGCCUGCCCUGCUUUAUCCAGAAUUUUCUGUCGGUGCUUUUUAUUUUUAAAGCCUAAUCUGUCCCUGUGCCAGCUGUCCCUUUAAUACCCAAUGCUGGCCGCACUCCCCUUUAAGCGAAUCAAUUUGAUUUAAUCCCCACGGCUUUAGGACGAGGAUGGAUAAAGAGCGGACUUUAUAACAUGUAAAUCUAUACUUUUUAAAAAGAAAACCAACGCAGCAUUAUAACACUGCCGCUCUCUCGUUCGUGUGCCGCAGGCAGUUCGGUCCAAACGAUUUGGUUAAUAAACAGAUUAGUUUGAGUGCGCGCUUCUUAUAUAAAAUCAAAGCGCAGGACACAGUCUCUGUUUCAGUGGGAGCCGUCCUGUCCUCAUUGGCUGUGGUGCAUUGGUCUCUGCUGGGACUGACGGCGGCAAUGCUGCGUGGGUGUGGAAGGGGACAGGUGUAGACUGGUCCCAGUGCCGAUGCGCGACUCCCAGGACAGCCCCAGGAGCGAUGCCCAGGAGGAGGGGGGCGGGCCCUGGCAGAGGUCCAUGGAGAUGAACGGGGUGAGCAGGGAGGGAGGGGAAGGAGGCAAGGGGGCCGGGGUGAUGAACGGCACAGACACCCUGAACUCCACCGCCAGCUCCUCCACAGCCACGGGGCCCAGGAAGAAGCCGCAGUACGGGAAGAACAAGGUGCAAGGGAGCACAGCCGCCAACCGUGCCCCACGAGCCCUCUUCUGCCUGAGGUUGAACAACCCAAUACGCCAGGCAGCCUUGACCAUCGUGGAGUGGAAACCCUUCGAUGUCUUCAUCCUGUUGGCCAUCUUUGCAAACUGCGUGGCGCUGGGCGUGUCCAUCCCCUUCCCGGAGGAUGACUCCAACUCAACCAAUCACGACCUGGAGCAAGUGGAGUACGUCUUCCUCAUCAUCUUCACCAUUGAAACCUUCAUGAAGAUCCUGGCGUACGGGCUGGUCAUGCACCCCAGCUCCUACAUCCGCAACGGCUGGAACCUGCUGGACUUCGUCAUCGUCAUCGUGAGAUGUGUGACCCUCGGCGAGCGUGCGGCUCUGACCCGUGGCCCCUGUGCUUCCAUUCCCCGCGCAGGUCUGCAGAUCGUGCUGAACUCCAUCAUGAAGGCCAUGGUCCCUCUGCUGCACAUCUCCCUGCUGGUCCUGUUUGUCAUCAUCAUCUACGCCAUCAUAGGCCUGGAGCUCUUCAUAGGAAAGAUGCACAAGACCUGCUUCUAUACUGACACAGAUAUAAAUGUGGAGGAUGACCCCUCCCCCUGUGCCUUCGCGGGUCACGGCCGGCAGUGCCUGGUCAACGGGUCGGAAUGCCGUGGGAAGUGGGCGGGGCCUAACGGUGGCAUCACAAACUUCGAUAACUUCUUCUUCGCCAUGCUGACCGUGUUUCAGUGCAUCACCAUGGAGGGCUGGACUGACGUGCUGUACUGGAUGAACGAUGCCAUGGGUUACGAGCUGCCCUGGGUUUACUUCGUCAGUCUGGUUGUCUUCGGCUCUUUCUUCGUACUCAACCUUGUAUUGGGUGUGCUGAGCGGAGAGUUCUCGAAGGAGCGAGAGAAGGCAAAGGCACGGGGAGAUUUCCAGAAGUUGAGGGAGAAGCAGCAGAUGGAGGAGGACCUGAGCGGCUACAUGGACUGGAUCAGCCAGGCAGAAGACAUCGAGCCAGAGAAUGAGGAGGAGGAGGAGGAGCAGGGGGAGGAGGGCAAGAGACGCGUGACCCUGGCUGACCUGGCUGAUAAAAAGAAAGGGAAGCUGAGCUGGUUCAGUCAUUCCAACGAAACUCACGCGAGUCUGCCCACCAGUGAGACGGCAUCCGAGAACACCGAGUGCGUGGAAGAGGAGCACGCAGACUGCUAUGCCAUCUGCACGGCGAGAAUGAUGAAGCACAGAGUCUGCUGGCAGCUUCACUGGUGGAACCGCGCUUGCAGGAGGAGGUGUCGGGUCGCUGUGAAGUCCGUGACUUUCUACUGGCUGGUGCUGCUCCUGGUGUUCCUGAACACACUGACCAUCGCAUCGGAGCACUACAAUCAACCUGACUGGCUGGGGCAGAUACAGGACAUCGCUAACAAGGUGCUCCUGUCCCUGUUCACCGUGGAGAUGCUGUUGAAGAUGUACAGUCUGGGGCUGCAGGGUUACUGCGUGGCCUUCUUCAACCGCUUUGACUGCUUCAUCGUGUGCGGUGGCAUCGUGGAGACCUUCCUGGUGGAGCUGGAGGUCAUGCCCCCGCUCGGCAUCUCUGUGCUGCGCUGCGUCCGCAUGCUGCGCAUAUUCAAAAUCACCAGACACUGGGCCUCUCUCUCUAACCUGGUGGCGUCUCUCUUGAACUCGAUGAAGUCCAUCGCCUCCCUGCUGCUGCUGCUCUUCCUCUUCAUCAUCAUCUUCGCCUUGCUCGGGAUGCAGCUGUUCGGAGGCAAGUUCAGCUUUGAUGAGACCCAGACUAAGAGGAGCACGUUUGACUCCUUCCCCCAGGCUCUGCUCACUGUCUUCCAGAUCCUGACCGGUGAAGACUGGAACGUUGUCAUGUACGACGGAAUCAUGGCGUACGGAGGCCCGGUUUUCCCGGGAAUGAUCAUCUGUAUUUACUUUGUCAUCCUCUUCAUCUGUGGAAACUAUAUCCUUCUCAAUGUGUUCUUGGCCAUCGCUGUGGACAACCUGGGUGACGCCGACUGCAUCAACGCGGACACCAAGAAGGGGAAGGAGGUGGAAAAAGCUGAGGGAGAGGAAGCCAACGAAGAGGUCAAAGUGAAUGUCGAUGAGGACGAAGAGGAAGGUAGCGAGGGUGAAGGGGAGGAUGGUGUAUCGGAGAUCCACAGCUCUAACAUCAACAAGCUGGCCGACUUCGCCCCCAAAGAGAAGAUCGUGCCCAUCCCAGAGGGGACUGCCUUCUUCUGCCUGAGCCGGACCAACUGUUUUCGAGUUGCCUGCCACACCCUGAUUAACCAUCACAUCUUCACCAACCUCAUCCUCGUCUUCAUCAUCCUGAGCAGCAUCUCAUUGGCUACUGAGGACCCAAUCAGAGCGCACUCCUUCAGAAACCAGGUGCUGGGUUAUGCCGACUAUGCCUUUACGUCCAUCUUCACUGUGGAAAUCUUACUCAAGGUGACAGUGUACGGGGUGUUUCUGCACAAGGGCUCCUUCUGCAGGAACUGGUUCAAUCUUCUGGAUCUUUUGGUUGUCAGUGUGUCCCUCAUCUCCUUCUUCUUACACUCCAGCGCAAUCUCUGUAGUGAAGAUCCUGAGAGUGCUGAGAGUGCUUAGACCUCUGAGAGCCAUCAACAGGGCCAAGGGGCUCAAGCACGUGGUACAGUGUGUGUUUGUGGCGAUCAAGACCAUCGGGAACAUCAUGAUAGUCACCACUCUGCUGCAGUUCAUGUUCGCCUGCAUUGGAGUGCAGCUCUUCAAGGGUAAAUUCUACAGGUGCACUGAUGAAGCCAAGCACACUCCAGACCAAUGCAAAGGCUCCUUCAUCGUCUAUAAGGAUGGUGAUGUCCUGCACCCCAUGGUGAGGGAGCGUGUCUGGCACAACAGCGAUUUUAACUUCGAUAACGUGCUGGCUGGCAUGAUGGCGCUGUUCACGGUGUCCACCUUCGAGGGCUGGCCCGCGCUCCUGUACAAAGCGAUCGAUGCAAACGCAGAGAACGAGGGCCCAGUCUACAACUACCGGGUGGAGAUUUCCAUCUUCUUCAUCAUCUACAUCAUCAUCAUCGCUUUCUUCAUGAUGAACAUCUUCGUGGGCUUCGUCAUCAUCACCUUCCGGGACCAGGGGGAGCAGGAGUACAAGAACUGUGAGCUGGACAAGAACCAGAGGCAGUGUGUGGAGUUUGCCCUGAAGGCCCAGCCUUUGCAGCUCUACAUCCCCAAGAACAAGCUUCAGUACAAGUUCUGGUCCAUGGUCAACUCGACCGGGUUCGAAUACAUCAUGUUCAUCCUGAUCCUGCUCAACACCAUCACCCUGGCCAUGCAGCACUAUGAACAGUCCGAUUCCUUUAACUAUGCCAUGGAUCUCCUGAACAUGAUCUUCACUGGUCUCUUCACUGUGGAGAUGAUCCUCAAGCUACUCGCCUUCCGACCCAAACACUAUUUCAUGGAUGCGUGGAACUCGUUUGACGCUCUGAUCGUGGUCGGCAGUGUGGUGGAUAUCGCCGUCACUGAGUUCAACAACGGAGGUGAUCUUGGUCACGAGAGCGCGGAGGACAGCUCUCGAAUCUCCAUCACUUUCUUCCGUCUUUUCCGAGUGAUGCGAUUGGUCAAGCUGCUGAGCAAGGGGGAGGGCAUUCGAACCCUGCUGUGGACCUUCAUCAAGUCCUUCCAGGCUCUGCCGUACGUCGCUCUCCUCAUCGCAAUGAUAUUCUUCAUCUACGCUGUCAUUGGAAUGCAGAUGACGUUUGGUAAGAUUGCCAUGCAGGACGGCACUCAGAUCAACAGGAAUAACAACUUUCAGACAUUCCAACAAGCUGUGCUGCUUCUCUUCAGGACAGCCACAGGAGAGGCCUGGCAGGAGAUCAUGCUGGCCAGCCUGCCGGGGAAGCGCUGUGACCCCGAGUCGGACUACGAGCCAGGGGAGGAGUUCACCUGCGGGAGCAACUUCGCCAUCGUCUACUUCAUCAGCUUCUUCAUGCUGUGCGCCUUCCUGAUCAUCAACUUGUUCGUGGCCGUCAUCAUGGAUAACUUUGACUAUCUGACGCGUGAUUGGUCGAUCCUGGGGCCGCACCACCUGGACGAGUUCAAGAGGAUCUGGUCGGAGUACGAUCCUGAGGCAAAGGGUCGUAUUAAGCACUUGGAUGUUGUGGCUUUGCUGCGCAGGAUUCAGCCCCCCCUGGGAUUUGGGAAGCUGUGCCCUCAUCGUGUUGCCUGCAAGAGGCUGGUGGCGAUGAACAUGCCUCUGAACAGCGAUGGCACGGUCACCUUCAACGCCACGCUCUUCGCUCUCGUCAGGACCGCGCUGAAGAUCAAAACCGAAGGUAACCCAGAGCAGGAGAACGAGGCGCUCCGCAUCGUCAUCAAGAAGAUCUGGAAGAGAAUGAAACCCAAGAUCCUGGACGAGGUCAUUCCUCCACCUGAGGGCGAGGAGGUGACUGUGGGAAAAUUCUACGCCACGUUCCUGAUCCAGGACUACUUCAGGAAGUUCCGCAAGAGGAAGGAGAAAGGCAUGCUGGGAGAGCCGGAGCACAGCAAUUCCAACAGUCUGCAGGCUGGGCUGCGCACUCUGCAGGAUCUGGGCCCGGAGAUUCGCUUGGCCAUGUCAUGUGACAUGGAGGAGGAGGAGGAGGAGGAGGAGGAGGCGGGGCCAGCAGAGAAAGACGACGCCCACUAUAAGAAUGACAGCGUCUUCUCAAACCACUCUGACCAGCACCCCACGGGCAGCGCCAACGGGGGCGGGGGGGGAGCAGCUCGGGGGAGGCCAGCCCGCAGGAAGACCAUCAGCACAGUCCGGGUGUCCGUCGUCAGCCUGCACAAGAGCCAGCCCGCAGGACAGACCAUCAAGCACAGCGACACGGGGGGGGCAGAGGAGCCCACAGCCACACGCAGCCACAGCCAGUGGCCCCCCAGAGCCGUCUGCAACAGGAGAGACUCCGGUGAGGGGGACCCCACUGCGUCUCGGAGGGAGGAAGUGGUCCUGGAGGAGCUGGGAGAGGAGACUUACUCUAGAGAGCAGGGAUACUACAGCAGAGAGGAGGACUCUGAGAGCACAGCGUCCAGAGAGAGGCAGCUCAGCGCAGAUGAUCCGCCCCUCUACCCCGGGCUCAGAGAACAUAUCUAUGAUGGACAGGUGCCGAGCCCCGCCCUCGACGGCGGUCACUAUGGCAACGGCUACGGCGAGGGACAGCCAGCGGCGAGGAGACGCCUGCUUCCCCCCACACCCACAGGUCGGAAGCCUGCCUUCAAUAUCCAGUGUUUGAGGAGACAGGGAAGCAACGAUGACAUCCCAAUCCCAGGAACCUACCACCAGAACUCACCACCCUGCCGCACACGUACACAGACAUACGGCAGCUAUGACUCCCGGCGCAGCAGCAGUCAUUCCUCUGUGUGCUCGUCUCACUCCUGGGCGACCCCGGGUCCGAGCCGCGGCCGGCUGUUCUACGCGCCCCUCAUCCUGGUGGAGGAGGGCGGGGGCACAGCGCUCUGGGUGGGGGAGGGGAAGAAGCCCGGGGGAGGGAGCUCCAGCCUGCCACCCUCAGCUCGGAGCCCAGCCUGGUACACCUCCACUGGGGGUGCGGGGUCCGUGAGCCACCCCUACACAGCGUACACCAGCCUGCGCGUUCCCACACACCUGCAGCAGAGCGACCGGGACAAGAGAGGCAGCGCAGACAGCCUGGUGGAGGCUGUCCUGAUCUCAGAGGGUCUGGGUCUCUAUGCGAAGGACCCCAAGUUCGUUGCGUUCGCGAAGCGCGAGAUCGCCGACGCGUGUCACAUGACCAUCGAUGAGAUGGAGAGCGCCGCCAGCGACCUGCUGAAACAGAACAUACCAAGCGGGGGCAGGGGCGGGGGCUUCCUGCAGCACACCGAGAUGGAACUGUCCAGCCUGGGCCAGCUGUAUAGCGACGAGGAGCCAAUGAGAAGCAAAGAGGAGGAGGAGCUGGCUGACGAGAUGACCUGUGAGGCUUCAUUCUGAGAGGAGAGAGGCCAUUGGGCGAGGGCGAGGGCUUGGGCCUCUCUGAUUGGUGCAGAUUGAUCACACUUAUCACAGCCCUUAGAACAGUGAAGUUAAAGCACAACAAAGGGUACUAUAGCACAGUGUGUGUGUGUGUGUGUGUGUGUAUAAAGCAUUGUAAAGCAUAGGGAAGCAUUGUAAAGCACA